CCUCGACCGCGCUCGCGAUGCAACGCGCCGUUGAGGCAGUAGCAGCAGAAAAAGAAGCAGUAGAUAUGGCGCAGCCUCAUCCUCCUCCUCUCUCGCCUUCGUCCCGCUCCCUCAAUUGUCACCGGAUUCGCAACAACAACAACAACAACAACAACAACAACAUCAUCAACAAUAUCAACAACAACGAGCAGUUUGAUUCGUCGCACUCGACGUCGUCGCCUCAGCUGCAACCAGCACUGGCAGCAGUGCGUCCGCCACAGCAGCGCUCCAAGGUCUAUCGUCGGGCCUCGCUGAAAUCGUUGACGGGCAGCAGUUACGGCCCGAGCGUGACGACGUCGCCGGCUCACUCGACCUCGUCACCCUCGUCGCGCAUCCUCAAAGUCUCCAGCAGCAGACUCCAGCAGCAGAAGCUCGACGAGAAAGAAAACGAAGAGCCUUGUGAUACGUCUUCUAAAUUAAGCACCAGUACUAGUAAUAAUGUCACUAGAUGUAGCAGUAGUAGUAGCAGUAACGUUAAGUGUAACCCAGUAGAGGCAUUUUCGAGCCUUACGGCUAGUAGUAAUAAUUGUAGCAGUAGUGGUACUACCGGUAGUAAUAACGGCAGUGGCAACAACGAUGAUGAUAACGUAGAAAAGACCACGACGACGACGACAAAGUCCCGACGUUGCUCGAGUUUCUUACCGAUCCUCUCGCUCAUCCCACACACCGUGAUUAGCUUUCAAUAUCCAUGUCCCAAGAUGAAGUUCUCGUGGUGGCGUAAUAAGAUCUCGUGAAGGCACGCCUAAGCGCACGAAUAAACUUCACCCUCUCUUUGUCCAAGUCUCCUCUGUUCCUCCCCGCCACGUGUUUCGUAUCGUAUUUUUCCUAUCGAGCAACGGUGAAUCAUUCCUCGAUAUUUUGCAACUUUUUACUCGCUGCUGCUGUUGCUGCGUAUCAAAGAUUCCAUCUUUUAUUCCAAAUUCGAGUGUAAUACGUAAAAGUUAAGACAAAUUUCCGUGUUUUCCAUUAUGUGUAGAAUGCUGAUGAAAUUUCGCACGGUAGUUCCUAUACAUAAUAGUCGCAUAUAAUGUGAAGCGAACAAAA